AUGUCCAGAUCACCGUCCGAAAUGGCUGAUGCGUACCCGACUCCUCCUCGCUCUCCUCCGAACGGCGAGUCUGAUGCCUGGAAUGGCUCACCCAUCACUGUAAUCGCGUCUUCUCGCGCAAUACGCUCGGGACGCCUUUCCGCAGCCACAAUUGUCAUAUCUAAUGCCACAGGCAAGAUCACAGCCACAUUCGACAGUGUACUCCCGCAGUCCGAUUUUCCACCCAACACACCUUAUACAGACUACUCCCCGCAUGUCCUUCUGCCGGGUCUGGUGGAUGCACACGUGCAUCUCAACGAGCCAGGCCGGACAGAAUGGGAGGGUUUCUAUACUGGUACCCAAGCCGCGGCAUUUGGGGGCGUCACUACUGUCGUGGAUAUGCCGCUGAACGCAAUCCCCCCUACGACAACAGUAGCUGGCCUGCAGGAGAAGAUCAAGGCUGCACAAGGCAAAUGCUGGGUUGAUGUUGGCUUCUACGGUGGCAUUAUUCCGGGUAACCAAGGGGAACUGAAGGCCCUCGUGCGUGAAGGUGUACGCGGGUUCAAGGGCUUCCUGAUCGACUCGGGUGUCGAGGAAUUCCCCGCGGUGUCCUCCGGUGAUAUUGCCAAAGUCUUCGCCGAACUCGCGGACGAGCCCACCACCGUCAUGUUUCACGCAGAAAUGAUUCCACCUAUUGCCGACAGUGUGGGCGACGACGUACAGACAUCUUUACCCCCCCUCGCGCCGCAUGGACCCUUGAAUGCUUACAGUACGUUCCUCGAAUCUCGGCCGCCGAGUUUCGAGACUUAUGCCGUCGAGGAGAUCUUGUCUCUUGCUCAUCUUGCACCUAAUCUCCCUCUGCAUAUUGUGCACCUCAGCGCGAUGCAAGCGAUUCCAUUACUUCGGAAAGCGAGAGCACAGGGUAUCAACAUCACUGCCGAGACCUGCCCCCAUUACUUGUCCCUUGCAGCGGAGCAGGUUGCACUCGGUGACACGAGGCACAAAUGCUGUCCGCCCAUUCGCACGCAAAGCAAUCAAGACCGAUUGUGGGAGGAGCUGAUCGAACACGAAAGCGAAGGCGUCAUCAAGACGGUGGUAAGCGACCACAGUCCGUGUACGCCGGAUUUGAAGAUGCUUCCGGCUCACGUGCCGGGGCAUGUGCCACCAGUGAAAGGAGUGGCCGGAACACUACCUGUCGAUCAGGACGGCAGUGGAGAUUUCUUCAGCGCGUGGGGUGGCAUCAGUAGUGUCGGUUUGGGGCUUCCAAUAUUGUGGACUGAGAUGUCGAGAAGAGGAUUGAUCGCAGAUGAUCUGCUGAGAGACAAGGCGCUUAUGAACGUUGCGAAGUGGUGCUGCGUUAACACCUCUGCACAGGUCGGGCUGGAGAAAACCAAGGGCGAGCUUGCAGUCGGCUUUGAUGCGGACAUUUGCGUGUUCGAUGACGAGGCCGAAUGGGUUGUCGAGCCCAGCACGAUGUUGUUCAGAAACAAGUGCAGUCCAUAUCAAGGUCGAGUUAUGAAGGGUAUGGUCAAGGAGACCUUGCUGAGGGGCCAGACGAUCUUCGUUCGGGAUGGAGCGAACGCCGGUUUUGUGGGCAAAGCCUGCACAGGACAGUUGCUGCUCGAACCUCGGGCGAAGGAGUUAAAAAAGGUGAAGAGUUGGUUCAAGAGAUGGAUUUACGAUUACGACGCCUAA